AUGGCACAAAAAAUUAUUAUGAAAAUUGAUGUACCAAUUAAUUUUGAUCCACAACAAUUACUUGAUUCAAUGUUAUUAUGUUCAGAAGAAGAUAAUAAUAAUAUAGAUGAUUCACUUAUGUUAAAAAUUCCAAUGUGGUUAGAACAUUCAAAAUUAUUGAAUUCAAUGGCUAAUUAUGUAUUGGAAAGUGAAACAAUAAUUUUUCCAAAACAACCAAUGUCAAAAAAUUUGGCCAAAAUUUCACCAAAAUUCUGUGCAGCACUUAUAUCACGUGGACAUUUUCAACGUGAUCAAACUGGUAAAGAUUAUCUUACUGAUUGGCUUAAAACACUUGCAAAUGAAAAUAUAACCGAUCUAAUAAUAAAACAAAUAAUGAACCAUUAA